CGGAUUUCCGAACCAAGUGUGGCAAAAUAGGCUGUACUUUGUUUACGUCCCGUUGGUUAGCUGACAGCUCUGAUAGCGCUUUCCACACACAAACAACCGAGUAUGCGUGUCUCUCGUGGUUGUCUAGAGCUGGGCGAACUUUAAAACGAGUGUCCUGGACGACGAGGAUGGGAAGUUUUGUUGAAUGACGGGGACCUGAUACAUGCCGACAGGAGGAUGAACUCUAUCACCGGUCGGGUUCUCGCCAUCUCCGCUGCCUCUGUCACCAACUCUGGAGCUUCAUCCUCUCGAGCCUUGCACGUAGAGCUCACAUCUCAACAGAGACGGCUGCGUCAUCUCCGGAGCAUUGCAGCCAGAAACAUUGUCAACAAGAAUGGUUCUCCACUACUGGACACAUACUUUACCCUGCACCUCUGCAUAGGAGAACGCAUUUCUAGAGAUUUUUACAAGAGUGAAGUCAUACGAGACUCUCUGAACCCUACUUGGCGGAGCCUGGAUUUUGGCAUGCUUCCUGACCUUCUGGACACCUCAGUGUCUUGCUUUGUGGUGAGAAUUUGGGGUGGGCAGGAGAACCAGUAUCAGCUCCUCAUAGAAUGGAAAGUCAACCUGGAUGGCCUCCGAUACACAGGACAGCAGAUUCGAUCCAGGAAUCCAAAUGAAAUCAUAUUUGGACUGAAUGAUGGCUACUAUGCAGCUGACUUUGACAAGGAUCAGUUAGAGCAGAAGAAAAACAGCCUGCUUCAAGUUGACCAGAGUUCUGUCAGGAAUUCCUACAGUGUUUUUGCUUUGCUCAGGCUUCACACGGCACAGAGAGCCAUCAAACAGACCCAAGUGACAGUGCAGAAGAUUGGGAAGGAGAUCGAGGAAAAGCUGAGGACGACGGCCACCUGCACGGAACGGAAGAAAGAGCGGGAAUGCAUGCAGCUGCGUUUAGCCGUCCUGCGCAGUGAGCUGCAACGACAGAAGAAGGCGCUGAGCAGGGAGAUGGAGCUGCAGCAGAAGGAGAGGGUACAACUCCAGAAUAAAGAGGAUGCAUUCUCCGCUCAGCACGAAAGUCUGAAGGACGAGAAAGAAACCCUAAGCAAGCAGCAAAAGGAAUGCACUGCUAAGAGAGAGCAGUUCCUCAAGUCCAAUGCUCAGCUCACCUUCCGCUGUCGUCAGCUUCUCUCUGAGCUUUCAUACAUCUACCCCAUAGAUAUGACUAAUCAGUCGGAUUAUGUCAUAUGCGGAGUGAAGCUGCCAAACUCUGAAGACUUUCAAGCAAGGGAUGAUGGGAGCAUAGCUGUCGCCCUGGGUUACACAGCACACCUGGUCCUGAUGAUCUCGUGCUUCCUGCAAAUCCCUCUUAGGUAUCCGAUAAUCCACAAGGGUUCACGCUCCUCCAUCAAGGACACCAUCACUGACCGACUCACUGAGAAGGAGCGGGAAUUUCCUUUGUAUCCCAGAGGAGAGAGAUUUCACUUUGAAUAUGGGGUCUACUUACUCAACAAGAACAUUGCCCAGCUGAGGUAUCAACAUAGUCUCACUACCCCAGACCUGCAGCAGACUCUACCCAACCUGAAGAACUUUCUGGAACAUGGCCUGCUGGUCAGAUGUGAUCGACAUCAUGUUUCCAGUUCCAUCCCAGUACCUGCUAAGGCCCAGCUUGGUGUGUCUGCUGCCUCAGAGAUGGACUACACCUGCCACGUCGGCUCCCCAGAGAGAGGCCUGAGGAAAAGGACAAGCUCCGAGGCAGAAGAGCUCAAGCACAAAUCAAACCUUACACCCAGCUACAACUCAGCCGUGGGCGAAGAGCAGCCUCCAGCUGGCCUGUUAUCACCAUCACCUUCAGCCAAACACAUGCCCUCUUCUCUCGACGCCAGCAUGGCCUCACUUAACCUCACCAAGGCUGUGGAGGCUAAUGAGGAGGAAGAGCAAACGGGCGUUAAGGAGCAGGGUGGAGAGCUGGCAGAGGAGGUGGAGAGAGGCAGUGGGGCUGAGAUGGAGAGAGAGAUGGAGGCGGAGGAAGACCAAACUGAAGAGCAACUGCCCUGCAGCACAGUGGCAACAAACUACUCUACAGUGCAGGAAACUGUGGAGGAUACAGUUGCCACUGUUCAGCACACGGACACCAUGAAUGGUUCCCUGCUGCCCGAACAGAUGCCUGUUACCCUAGUUCCAGAACUACGCUGCUCUGUGGAACAAGCUGAGGAAAUAAUGGGCACAGAAGCAACCGGUUUAGGCCUAGGUCUGGGUCUAGGGAUGGGUUUAGGGCUGGCAGAUGAGGCUCAACUGGAGGACUACUGCUGCAUUCCCGUAGACCACGCCGUAGCUGUGGAGUGCGAUGAGCAGGUGCUGGGCGAGCUGGACGCCGCUGGCUUCGAGGAGUUCUCCAGGCGCAUCUAUGCACUAAAUGAGAACACGUCCAGCUUCCGCAGGCCACGCAAGAACUCUGAUAAGUGAGGCUGAGGGCAGAAUGAACGGCUGGAUGAAUACAAGGCAGGGAUUUAGUUAGUUUGAAAGCUGUGGACUUGACUCUCUAUUUGCAACGUUAAAAAUCAUAGGAGACCAAUUUGCACUUAUUAUAAACAUUUCCAUAAAUUAAAGGUGGUUAGUAGGUGCAGGUACUGGAACAGUAAGCUUAACUCCUAAGUUUGAAAUUGAUAUUUGUCACAAGAAGGUUUAAUUUAGCCCUAACUCCAAUAACAGCAAGGUUUUAAUUAGUUUUUUAUCAGAUAUGUUUAUUUACCUUUAGUUUAAGGUUAAUCUGAGUAGAUUAUUUUCCGCCUGCGGUCCCAGUACUUACUACGUACCACCUUUAGAGGCUUCCCCAGCUUUGCUUCAGGGUCCAAGGCCGAAGGCUUUUGUGUGGCUUCACAUUAGAUUGCAUCCUGUGGUCACGAGUCACAGGUGGACUUGAAGUAAUCCCACCAGUGACCUAACACAGUGAGGUGGGAGGCUGUUCCAACACACUGCAUCCCUGCAGCCCGACUCAACUGUCUCUCUGUACAGUGUGGAGAUGUUUUCUGCAGAUCUGAGGAUGAGCAUCCCAGUAGUGCAGGAGGAUUGUGCAGUUGUUUUCAGCCCAUUUCUAUCAAUAUUUUUCUUUAAUGUUAAUGGUAAUUGAUGCUGACAUCCAGUGGACCAGAACUAAAAUUCUGCGUCUUGUGUUCAGUUGAAGUGAUAAAUGUCUCAAUUCCAUUGUCUGUGAUUUAGUCUCGUCUGUCUUCUGAAUGCUUUCUUGCACUGGUUUUCAAUUUAUUGAAUUAUUUAAUUCUCUCAACGAUUGUGUGUGUACUUCAUUUCAGGAAAUCGAUAUUUAGUUUUAUUUUCCCCGUCAUGAAGGAUGUAACCCAUUAACAUUGUCAGAUGUCAGACUGGUAUCAGCUGCAGCGUAUGGGUCCAGAUGAAGACAGCAGCUUUGCAUCAGUUGUCAUGGCAACGAUGGGCUCAGCACCAGGCGGUCCACCUGUCUUUUUGUUUCAGAUCCAGUACUGUGGUUGUUGCCUGUUGGAGUAUUGUUUUAACUGAAAGAUCAAUUGUGUUACAUCAUUUCCAUGAACUGCUACACACUUCAGUAAGUGACCAUGUACAUAUACUUUUGUAUGGAGGUUGUUGGGUUUUUUUUUGUUAUUAAAGACUUGCAGUCCAAAGGCAUGGAUGUAUGUAGCCCACAUUAAAGGAACUGUCUGCCUGUG